AAGGGAUCACACACACACACACACACAAUAGCAGAACAGGUUUGUCUGCUAAACCUGGCUUAGGUAUAAGGCUCAGUUACACCUGCUGCUGCUCCGUUAGUUCAGAGGAGACCAGGGGGUUGUUCACUCGCUGUUGACUCGGCACUGGAAGAAGCAAAGAGGAGAGAUGGCAGCCACCACAGCUCAGUCCAUGGGGACCCUGCCCAGCGGCCUGGGUAUAUGCACCACGGCCCCGGAUAUAUUUUAUCUGCCUGAACUGGUCUUUGGAGGAUUGGUGUGGAUUCUAGUGGCGUCGAACUAUGUGGAACCACAUAACCCUUUGGGAUGGGUGAUGUUCGUCUCUGUUUUCUGCUUCGUCAUGACCUUCCUCUGGAUGAUCUUGUUUGCUGCUGGCUGUCACAAGAGCAGUUCUGGCUGGGCUGCUGCUGAUUUUGUCUACCAUGGAUUGGCAGUGCUUUUCUACCUCAGUGCAGGGGUUGAUUUGGCUUACAUCACUAUGUUGAGUAAAGCUACGUUGCUCUUUGAUGUACGAUUCUACCGGAUUUACAUUGCAGCUGUGGUGUUUGCCUUUGCCACCACACUCCUCUACUUUAUCCACGCCAUCCUCUCUGCCAUCAGAUGGAAACACUUUUGAGGAGCACCGGGAUAAACCUGCAAAAAGUACAGAGCAGCAUCGCCAUCGCCGUCUGUGUCGACCCUUACAUGCAAAUACACAAAAACUUAGAUUUCCACAUACAUUCACAUAUGGGUGUGUACAAAAACCAACAUUGGGUUUGGUCAGAUUUAAAUGUUUUUGUUCUUACCUUUUAUAGUCUUUAUUUGAUGUUUGUCAGAAACUCAUAAGUUCAUAGGCUCGCAAUAAGCUUUUGAUCCCCAUUCUGUUAUGUUACAAAGCAUUUUGUUUUUGGGUUGAGGCUUUCUGAACCGAGCUCUAGGCUGUUUAGAGCAGCAAAAAUAACGUUUAGAAAGGAAGUCUUAAAAAGUAGGGACCUCUUUUUGUGUAUGGUCAGGAAAAUACUGUGUAUAGUUAAAAAAUUAGGAUGAGCAGUCUGUCUGGGAGAAACAGCUGGUAUAAUUGUAUUAUCAUUGUAAAUUUCAAAUUGCCCAAGUCGGUGGUGUGGUGAGCUCGUCCACAUUCCAUGUUAUUCACAAACUAAUAGAUAAUUUGGACAUUAAAUAUAUUAGGAGGAACAGAUUACAUAAAAGCUCUGAAAUUGUAUGGUUGAUUAGCUGCUUUCUUUUUUUUAAAAGCACUUAUGUACUAAAUGAAUGAAAUUAAAUAAGCAUGAUUGUUUUUAAUAAAGUACAUGUGUUAAACAGGCUGAAAA